AUGGCCGCCAACGGUACCAACGGUGUUCACGCCGACCCCGCCUCAUGGAGACACUACAACGAGGGCACCUUCCUGUUCACCUCCGAGUCCGUCGGUGAGGGCCACCCCGACAAGAUCGCCGAUCAGGUCUCCGAUGCCAUCCUCGACGCCUGCUUGGCCGAGGACCCCCUGUCCAAGGUCGCUUGCGAGACCGCCACCAAGACCGGUAUGAUCAUGGUCUUUGGUGAGAUCACCACCAAGGCCAAGAUCGACUACCAGAAGACCGUCCGUAACGCCAUCAAGGACAUUGGCUACGAUGACUCCUCCAAGGGCUUCGACUACAAGACCUGCAACCUGCUGGUCGCCAUUGAGGAGCAGUCUCCCGAUAUCGCCCAGGGUCUGCACUACGAGAAGGCUCUCGAGGAGCUCGGUGCCGGUGACCAGGGUAUCAUGUUCGGCUAUGCCACCGACGAGACCCCUGAGCUCUUCCCCCUGACCCUCCUCCUCGCCCACAAGCUGAACGCUGUCAUGUCUGCUGCCCGCCGCGACGGCACUCUCCCCUGGCUCCGACCCGACACUAAGACUCAGGUCACCAUUGAGUACAAGCACGACAACGGCGCCGUCGUUCCCCAGCGCGUGGACACCAUCGUCGUCUCUGCCCAGCACAGCGCCGACAUCACCACCGAGCAGGUCCGCAAGGAGAUCAAGGAGAAGGUCAUCAAGAAGGCCAUCCCCGAGAAGUACCUCGACGACAAGACCAUCUACCACAUCCAACCCUCUGGCCUCUUCAUCAUUGGUGGUCCCCAGGGUGAUGCCGGUCUGACCGGCCGUAAGAUCAUCGUCGACACCUACGGUGGCUGGGGUGCUCACGGUGGUGGUGCCUUCUCCGGCAAGGACUUCUCCAAGGUCGACCGUUCCGCUGCGUACGUCGGCCGCUGGAUCGCCAAGUCUCUCGUCGCCGCCGGCCUGGCCCGUCGUGCUCUUGUCCAGCUCUCCUACGCCAUUGGUGUCGCCGAGCCCCUGUCCAUCUACGUUGACACCUACGGCACCUCCGACAAGACCUCUGAGGAGCUCGUCCAGAUCAUCCGCAACAACUUUGACCUGCGUCCUGGUGUCAUCGUCAAGGAGCUGGAUCUGGCCAAGCCCAUCUACCUCCAGACGGCCAAGAAUGGCCACUUCGGCACCAACCAGAACUUCAGCUGGGAGAAGCCCAAGGCUCUGAAGUUCUAA